CUGACGUCUCACCUACGUUUGCGUUUGUUACAACUACAACACCUCUGAAAAAAAAAGAUGGACGAUCAAAGUGACAAAUAUCUUCAUCAAGUGUCAAGUGACAGCAAUGAAGAAAUCCAGUCUGACACCAAGGGAAAGUCUAGCAAGAAAAAGAAGAAGCACAAACAUAAGCACAAGCACAAACACGGGUCUGAAAAGGCGAAACAUGGCUCUGAAAAGUCUAAACAUAAACACAAAAGGAAAAAACAUAGGGAUGACACUGCUGACAUGGAAGAUGGUGAAUUCCCUGCAAGAAAAAGACCAAGAGUAAGCGAAUAUGAUGGUGAAGAUGCAGCAGAUGCUUUGGAUGAAUCGGACUUAGAAAGAUUGGAGGCUGCCCGUGCAGCAUUAAGAGCUGAACUGAACGGGGGACAUUUUGAUAAAUAUGAUGCCAAUACUGAAGAACAGGACCAAGCUGGACAAGAACUUAGAAAGUCUGAAAAUUAUGAUGAAGGUGAGGAUGUCUCUUAUCACAAAUCACAGGGGAAAAACAGUCAUAGUAUGGAAGAACUGGACACUUAUCAACAAGAUAUUGGUCUUGCCAUUACCAUUAAAGGUGAUUCAAGAGAUGACAGUAGAUUAGUUUCAGAUAGGCAAAGAAAGAGUAGAAAGUUUGAGGGAGAGAAGCAGAGAGAUGUUAAAGACAAAAUUAAAAACGCUGGUGGAUCCUUCGGUUUGAUAGCUAACUAUGGAUCUAAUGAAAACAGUGGGUCUGAGGAAGAAGGUGAAAUUCAGAAUGAUCUCAAUGAUGACUUGUUGGAAUAUGCAAUGAAUGAAAGUGAAAGUGCAUCAAGGGGAAGGAGGGAACAUUCAAAAAGCAACAAGGAUGGUGCUCUACAAAGUUUUGAAAAAGAAUAUGACGAUAUAAGAAGACGGCGUGAAAAGGACAGGGAACGAAAGAAGGAAAAAAAGGAAAAAUCAAAGAAGUCAGAAAAACGUGAGAAAGACAAAAAGAAAGACAAAGAAAAGCAGAAAGAUGAUUCGAAACGUGUAAAAGAACGGUCAUCUGGAAAAACUGAAAGAUCACGCUCAAAGUCCCGCGCAGAAGAGUCGAGACUUGAGCAAGACCGUGAGCGAAGAAGGGAAGAGGAAAGGCAGCGAGAGAGACAGAGGGAACAGGACAGAGACACUGAACGGAAGCAAGAGCGGGAGAGAGCAGUGGAGCGAGAACGGGAAAGGGAGAGAACUAGAGAUCAGGAACGGGAGAGGGAAAGAAUUAGGGAUCAGGAAAGAGAGCGAGAGAGGGCACUGGAACGGGAGAGGGAUAGGACUAGGGACCAGGAGAGGGACCGAGACCGCACCAGAGAUGGCCGUGACUCGAGAGAUCCCAGAAGAGACAGGAGUAGAGAUAGGCGUUUGAGCCCAAGACGAAGGUCACGUGAGCGUCGCCCUGGGUCACAAGGCAGAGGCCGUGACCCCAGGGGCUCACGACGGGAUAACGAAAAGAACGAGGACAAGUUUAAGGGCAGUCUGUCCGAGGGACUCUUUGUGAAGAAGGGCGACUCGGACGAUGAGUUGGAAGUACAUGAUUUUGAUCCCGAGGAGGAGGAGAAUGAGGAGACAGUGAUAGAGAGACGACGCAAGGAGAGGGAGGCACUCAUGCAGAAAAUGAAAGGGUCUGAACCAGAGAUUGAAGAACCAGUCAGAGCCAUGGAAGUGAAGCCAGAUGUAGACCCAGUGGGAGUUUCCAUGGAAACCAAUUCACAGUAUGGGUUGUUGAUGGAAGAGUUUAACACACCCACACCCACCCCUCCUCCACCUGCCCAUAGUCAUCAGCAACAUAUCGUUCACACAGGGAAGAACGAGGGUCCGGCCAGUCCAGAUAACUCUGCAAGUCAAGAUUCCUCUACAUCAUCAUCCAGCGGGUCAGAAUCUUCAUCCUCUGAUGAUGAAGAGGAAGAAAAGAGGGAAUCACAUAGGAGGAGGAAGGAAGAAAUGGAAAGAAUCAUCAGGGACAGUGUUAAAGGACAGGAGCGUAUUAUGGAUGAACAGUCUCAGGGUUCUAGGCAAAAAUCAGGGAACAGAAAAAUGUCAAAAGAGCCUGAAGCUGACAAAGAUCACAAACGUCAAUAUAGGAAAAAUGAGGACACAGAUGAUUUUGAUAGUGAUGAUGACAAAGACAAGAAAAGUAAGGCUAAAGUUGGUCAAGACAAAAGAAGCAGAAACAAAUCAGACAGCGAAAGCGAUAAGUAUGAUAAAAAAGCGAAAACGAAACAUGCUGGUACGGCUGAUAGUGAUGAUAAUAAGAGAAAAAAAAGAGGAGAUAGCAAAGAACUUGAAAAACAUCAGAAAAAUGCAAAAAAGUAUGAAGAAAAGAAUAAAGAAGGGAAAGAUAGUAAAUCUAAAACCAAAAAAUAUAAGUCAUCUAGUGAAGAUAAUAGUGAAGAGGAUAUGAGGUUGAAGAUAAAAGAGAAGAAGCCUACUGAGAAAGACCAGGAAAAAUAUAUAAAAGAUGAAAGAACAAGUAAAUCUAGAAGAGAUGCGAGAUCUCGAAGUAGGGAUAAAUCAAGAAGAAGUCAAAGGUCAAACAGUAGAGAAAGGUCAAGAAGAGAUGAGAAAUCAAGGCGGGACUAUUCUUAUAGUAAAAGAAGUGAUGAAAGGAGAAAAAAAGACUCAAGGAAUGAUUCUGAAGACGAAAAUAGAAGUAAGAGGAGAAGUAAGAAAUAUAGUGACAGUGAAUCUGAAAGUGAUUCGAGGAGAAAGACUGAUCGAAAAGACUCAACGAAGAAUAAACGAGGUGAAAGUAAUGAAAGGGAAAAGAGUCAAGGUGCCCAAGAGAAAUCUGUUGAUGAAAAGAAUAAGAAUAUUGAGGAAAGCCAGCAGGAUAAAAAUGGGGACAAGGACCUGAGUAUUUAUGACUCUGAUAUGGACAAUACCACUGACUUUGAUGAAGUCAUGAAGCAGAAGAGGAUGUCAUUAGAGGGAUUUCCUCAGGAAGAUAGCAAUGACAAGAAACCGGAUGAGAAGUCUACCAAGGAGGUUGACAUGUUUGCCGAGGAUGCAGACAUGUUUUCAGAGAACUACAAUAGUCCCAACCUGUCUGCUUACAAAACAGGCAAGAAUGAGAAUCCAAACCUGAUGGACAAUUGGGACGAUGCUGAAGGGUACUACAGGGUGCGUAUCGGUGAGAUGCUGGACAAGCGGUACACAGUGUACGGGUACACAGGCCAGGGGGUGUUCAGUAACGUGGUACGGGCCCGGGACCAGGCACGCGGGUCACAGGAGGUCGCCAUUAAGAUCAUCAGGAACAAUGAAAUGAUGCACAAGACGGGUCUGAAGGAGCUGGAGUUCCUGCGGAAACUGAACGACGCUGACCCAGAUGACAAGUUCCACUGCCUGCGGCUGUUCAGACACUUCUUCCACAAGAACCACCUCUGUCUGGUGUUCGAGUCUCUCAGCAUGAACCUUCGAGAGGUAAUGAAGAAGUAUGGCAAGAACAUCGGCCUCCACAUCAAGGCAGUGCGAAGCUACAGCCAGCAGCUGCUGUAUGCACUCAAACUGCUGCAGAAAUGUAGUCUGCUGCAUGCUGACAUCAAACCUGAUAACAUACUGGUGAAUGAGUCAAAGAUGGUCCUCAAGUUGUGUGAUUUUGGCUCUGCCUCCCAUGUGUCUGAGAAUGACAUCACACCCUACCUUGUCAGCAGGUUUUAUAGGGCACCAGAAAUAAUAAUCGGUAUCGGCUACGACCACGCGAUAGACAUGUUCUCGGUUGGCUGCACAGUAUACGAGCUGUACACCGGUAAGAUCCUGUUUGCGGGAACGUCCAAUAAUGAGAUGCUAAAGUUCAUGAUGGACGUGAAGGGCAAGAUUCCCAACAAGGUCAUACGUAAAGGCCUGUUCCGGGACCAGCAUUUUGACAGUAAUAACAACUUUAUGUACCAUGAGGUUGACAAAGUCACCCAUAGGGAGAAGACAACUGUGAUGAGCACCAUUUCCCCCAGCAGGGACCUCCUGGCUGAGCUGAUCGGGUACCAGCGCCUUCCUGAGGAUCAGCUGAGGAAAGUGAAGCAUCUAAAGGACCUUCUUGAGAACAUUCUCAUGCUCGACCCCGCAAAAAGGAUUUCUAUUAAGGCCGCUCUUAGUCAUCCCUUCAUUACUGAGAAGAUUUGAAGAAGAGACAUAACUCUGCCCAAAAACUUUGUUUGUGAGUGGGGUAGGAUAUUUGUGUGCUCUUUAUGUUUUUUUCAUGAUUUUAUUGGAAGUCCUGCAACUAAAGUGUGAAAGUUUUUUAUUGCUUUUGUUUUGUUCAAGAUGGUUAAUGAUUGUUGUGUGAUCUUUGGACAUCACAUUUUGUUGGGAAUUAGGAAGGUAUGUAGUUUUAGCUCACCUGGGCACAAAGUGGUUAUUGUGAGCUAUUGGGGUAGGUGGCCAUGUGGCUUGGUUUGGUUUGUGUUGUUAGCAGUCAAUAAUAAGAUUAUUGUCCGUAGUCUACAAUUAAGUUUCAAAUAAAAGUUUUACAAUAUUAUUGGAAACUACAAGGCUAACAGGUUUAACUUUAUGUGCAACAUCUUCUAUUGGUCCAAGGCUAAGAGAUUUGUAUUUGGAUUUUUUCAUGAUCCAUUAGUCCCCUACAAAGGCUGUUUAAAUCAUGAUCUUUGUAUAAAAAAAACAUGUCAAGGGUCACAUAAUUUAUGUAGGCUUACAUAUUGAAAUAUUAAAAAACUUUAUCAGAAUAAAAAAGUCCAAGGGAUGUAGUAUUUGGCAUGUUACAUCAUAUAGUCCUCCUCUUUGUUUUAGGGGUUUGGGGUGAAAUGUUUUAAAUUAAAUUUAGAAUUAGUAUGUUAGAUAUUUGCAGUCCUUAUAAAAGCUUGUAAAAAUCCCUUGGGAUUGAAACUGGCCAUGCCCAAUAAUACAGGUGAGCGAUAUGGGGCCAUCUUGGCCCUCUUGUUUCCUUUAUUCAGUUUAAGAGUGUCUGUUGGAUUGUAUUUAAAAGUGUUAAAUAAUGUUUACUUUUGAAUUACACAAAACAUUUUUUUAAAGAGACUUUGAUGUAUUACAGCAAACAGGUCCUGACGUGACCAAUGUAGCUCCAAUCACGCAACUGGAUAUCAGAGUUCGCCAAGUUUGGCAAGAUAAGUUCAAACAGAAAAAAAUGUAUAUUGGUGUGCAGUUUGGUUUGCUAUGUGUUUUAAAGGUGCAUGACUGAUGAACUGAUGUUUUACAUAGUCAUGAUGGCAAUCCUGGAUUUUGCAUGAGAUUGAAAGUUAUGAUCCUCAUAGAAACCUGCUUUAAUCCUUAUAUCUCAUGUCUAUUCUGUAUAUUUGAAUGUAUCAAUGACUAAUUUAUUUGAUCAAAGUUUCUUAAGACAUGACAAGAUUAAAAAAUGGUUUCAAAGAUUUCCUGCAUAGAUUCAGCCUUUAUGAAAAUUUGAAUGGUUAAAGCAAUGUAUUUUUUACUUAUUGUUUCAAACUUUUCAUACAAAUUAAAUAAAUCAUAACAUCUCCUUCUAGUAUUAAAUAACACUAAGGUACUUUUUAAUUUAAUUAAAACAUUUUUUGCUCAGCCUUUUUGCAAAUAAUGUGUGGAUCCAAUGAAAACUCUGUUUUAACAAUAUGUUGUCACUGACAUUUUCAAUUAUUCAUGUUUAUAUGUACUCAUAUGAAUGUAUUAGUGUAUAUGUGAUAUGCAAAAGUUUCUUUAUUCAGGACAGAAGAAAUGUUGCGUUGAUGCUGGGUACAGAUCAGUAAUAUUAAGUUUGGGUAAAUGCAUUUCUACUGUGCUUUUAUACAAUUCCAGUGUAUUUGAACAUGUACCUUAAACAUUUCAUAGAAAGACUCGAAGUUUCUAGAGUUCUGCAUAACCAGUCUAAUAAUAUGUCUCUGCAUAUGUAUUUUUUUCGAGUGUCAAUUUUGAUAAGAUGAUCAGUGGUAGAAAUAAUUUAAAAAGCAUAUAAACGAUCAAUUGAAUUAUGUUUACUAAAAGCUAGAAGUUUUUGUUCUCCAUGUAAUAAUGUGAUUUAAUCUUGCUGUUAUACAUUUACUGUGUUUUGAAUAACAGUUGAUGAAUGUCUACCUUUAACCUGGGUCUGUAUAUGGAAAAUAAGUAUCUUUAAUAAACAACUGUGUUUCUUUCUUGUGUUGAAUAAAUGAAUUUUCAAAGUUAACUUUUCUUUUACAAACAACAUCUGCGGGUGAUGGCCGGACUCGACAUUAUGCCGCAGUUGUUACCGUAAAUGGUGUGUAACCUGAUGAAAGACGUGUAACCUAUGGCAGAUGGUCAUCACAACAGAAACGCUUGAAGUCAACCUUGGUUCACGUAAAUGUAAACAAAAAUGUACUGUGAUGGUUGAAUGUAUGCAUUAUGUAACACAUUCAAGUCUUUCCCUAGACAACGUGUUUCAGUAGCAGGCGGCAGAUGAAUCAUUUUGACUGGUGCUUUCUUUGCUAAAAUACUCCAUCUUGUGUUUAAUCUCUUUGGUAUCAACACUGCUUAAUACAGUUUCAUAAAUUACCGGUAAGCAAAAUAUAUUUGGUAAAGUUGUUAGUUUAAAAGAAGCUCAAUAAAGAUACUAAUACUGGGUCAUCACUUUUACACUCGACUUCCAUUUUUUGUAAAUUAUAUGUACAAAUUAUAUGAUAGACUGGUCAACCUCGCCAGCUUUUGUGGUGUUUUUUAGUCUUAAAGGCCCAAUUUUGAAAAUGUUGAGCCCUGAGGGUUGUUUUUAGGGAUAAAUAUGGCACAAUAUUUGUUUGGCUGUCCAACUAUGGUAAUAUGAGUUCCUUUCUUCAAUCAAACUGUAGAUAUAAUAGAGACUUGAUAAAUUUCUGUCUGUUUCAACACGUGUCAGUAGACUUUUGUAAAUACAUUCAGUGUUGAUUAGAAAUAAUGAAAUAUCUGUAGUUAUUGUUUUGACACAGUAUGAAGUGUGUGCAAUAUGUAUAUACAGCUACAGCAAAGAAAACAAUGUCUACAAAACUCAACUCCAGCCCUAGUAUUUCAAGUUCGCCAGUAGUUAAUACAAGAUCUCCAGUAGUAACCCAAAUCGAAUGUUUUAAUAUUUGAGUGUUUUAUUUUCUGUAGGUCCAAAGAACAGUUGCAGACAAGGUUUAUCAAUCUCCAACACAUGUAGAUGAAUCUAAAGUGGUAAUCUUGUUUGACAAAUAUCCCAUUUACUAGUCCAUUCCACUGUUGAAUACUGGGCUUGAUGCAAGUGCGCAAAGUGUCCUCCGAAAUUAGCUUGUGCAUGUGCAGACUGCACAGGCUAAUCAGGGAUGACACUUUCGGCUUUUAUGGUAUUUUUCGUUUAAAGGAAGUCUUUUCUUAGUGAAAAUUCAGUUUUUGUCCCUGAUGAGACUGUGGCAAAUAUGAAUUUUGCUUGGCACUAUUUGCACAUGCAUUAAGCCCAGUUUUCCCAGAAUGUGGCCUCUUAGUGAUUUUUAAUCAAAAUUAAGAAGGAUACUUUUCUUAUAAUGAAGACAAAAUAAUGUACAAGAACACAACCACAAGCAAAUUUCUGCAUAUAUUUUGUCAUAUUAACCUUUAUUUUUGAUGUAUCUGUAAUUAAUAGACCGCAUUUUUCGAACGACAACAAUGUUAAGUCCAAUCGAAGGUCUGUUACUUUUUACCUAUUUUUAUGUUUGUGUUUAAAAUGUAAUUUUGUUUCUAUUUGAAGAAGCAUUAUUGUGAACUAAAAGUAAGCUUUAAAGUUUUAUUUAAGCUGUAAUAAGUCUGGUAUUAUAGACAAUUAAUGCGUUGUGUAAAUUUUUCACCCAUUUUUUCUUGAAAAAAAACGCAUUUAGUAUUACAUAGCUUUAACUUCAUUGGUGGGUGGGGUAAGCUGAAUAAAAAUCUAAAGGAAGGAUUUUUUCAACUUGUCAGCUGUGAACAUGUCUUCUGUGUGCGUUUUGUGUAUAUUUUCAGGACCAGCACCCAUGAGGACAUUUCAAACAGGUGGUAACCACGAGGAAACUUUAAAGGGAGCAUGCAAAUGCUUGGGAAAGACAUAAACAAAAUCCUUUAGAUAAUCUUAAUAACCAGUUGUAUCAUUUUCUUAUGUUAAAAACAGUAUAUUAUGUUUAAAACAUGAAGCGCCAAAAAUUUUUUAUAGUCUUUGGUAGAUCAAGAGUUUUGGAGAAGUGUAAAAAUGUUAGAUAUUCUAUUGUCAGUCUUUAUAAUAAAUUUAAUUGGACUCUGGUAUUUGAAAAUAUUUGUAACGUAUUUGGGCAAAAAAUACCAGUUUUGUGUCAAAUGCUUACAAAAUGUGUUGCUUUUACACGAGUAUGAACUUUCCAGUUUCAAACCGGAUAAUGUUUUUUUUUUAUGUACUGAUUUAUGUGCAAGUAAUGCAGUGUGUAACUAUACAACUAAACAGUAUUGUACUUUAAUGAAUGUUUAUGAGUGUGCGUGUUGUUUUUCAGGUAAGAAAUUGGUGUAUUUUGUUAGCCAUCUCAUUGGACCCUGGCUACCACAUACAAGUAUGGCCAACCGGUUGAUGAUCGGACACAUUGGGAAAUAAAGUGAUUAUGAUGGUGCUGACUAUAUUUACUGUCUUGGGGACUGAAAUGAUACCAGUCUGUUACUAUUCUGUCAUUGUUCACUUAUAUGAGACACUGAGUUUUGUGUGAUACUUGUAGCUAGUGAAGUUUCCUCUAGAAUAAUGAUUGUGUUGCUAUUUUUGGCCCCUACCGGUUUCACCGGAGGGGACUUAUGGUUUGCGCUCUGUCUGUCAGUCUGUCUGUCACACUUUUCUGGAUCCUGCGAUAACUUGAAAAGUUCUUCAUAUUUUUUCACGAAACUUGAAACAUGGAUAGAUGGCAAUAUGGACAUUAUGUGCGUCAUUUCAUUGUGUUCCUACGUCAAAAAUUCUGGUUGCUAUGGCAACAAAUAAUAUAAAAAAUCUGAAAUUCUGUCAAUGGUGGAAAUUUCUGACAAUGGUGGAGCUGGUAGGGGACAUAUAUUGUAUGGCAAUAGUCUUGUUUAGAAAUGUCUUUUUUGGCAAACUUUUCUGUAGAUUGGUACCUGAAUAUCUUUAAUUGUAAACCUGUUUGACAAAAGAUCAUAAUUAUGGUAAUGUAAGACUUUAAAAAUGUCUUUCAUGGAGUAAACAGCAUUGUGCUAUGUAAGUGUUACAACUUCUGUAUUGUCUUAUUAAGAGGUUGUCGUACUGUUUAAUUGUGAUUUUUUUUUAAUAGAUUAAGUUUGAGGAAAUAUGUGAGCAAUACACAUGUAUUCGUUUUGAAGAGACUGUUAAUCAUGAACUGUAAAGCCUCGGCUGUGAUUAGUUUAAACCUAUUUAUUUUAGCUCGAGCGCAUAAAAAGCCUAAGCCUUGCAAUGCUCUCUAGUCAGUUUCUUGGGACUAGAACCAGUACUUGGUGUCUAUGGGGGACAAAGAUAUAAAGAACGCUCCUACAGUGGGGAUGGAGCCUGUGACCUCCCAUUGCAACGUGGACACCAUAUCAACUACCCCAUGUCAGUUGUGGUUGACAUUAUAUUCAAUACAUUUACUUUAUACUUUAUGCAUAUCUAUGAUUUAUGUGAAAACUUAAUAUUUAGAAACAUGUAUAUAAAAGAAAAGUUAUUGUGAGAUUUAACAUUCAUUGUUGCCUUAAAUGUAACGAGAUUAUUUCCAUAAAUUUUCUUUGUAAAUGAGCACAUUUUAUAUUUCAAUUUCUAUUUUUGUAAAUUUACUAUCAAAAUAGUUAUUGCACUUCUGGGGGGAAAACAGGAGUGUUUUUAGUAAAUAAUAACAUUAGAUAGAACUAUUUUGCAGUUGUGUUGUUUUUACCUGCGGAAAAUCGCAGUAAGACAAUUAAAAUUAAGAUAGCUGUAAUGUUACCAAGUGUAUUUCACUUGUAUCUUUUUGUGUUUCUUUUUCCAUGUGAAUGAUAUGUCAAUUUAUGGGCAUUUUUUUCUCCUCAACAAUAUUCUGAAAAAACGAAUCAUAAUUAAGUUAUGUUUUAUAUUCCAUUUGCAUAUGUCAUCUAGAGUUGCGUCCCUGUGACUAGAUGUAAUAAAUGGUUCUAGGGUAACUCGUCCUUGAGUCGAUUUCGCCCUUGAGUCGGACAUUUGUAUCUAUGCAGUUUGUAAAGAUGCGUGUUAUUUGACAUGGCUUGAGACUUUGCAAUUACCACUUUAUCUUUGGCACUCAAAAUAAAUAAAAUUUCUAAAUCAAAUGAUGUAAAAUAUUUUCAUACGAUAAACGUAUGAAUAGUGUAAAUGUAUUAAUAGCUUCUGGUGUCAGUAAAUUAUGAAUUUUAAAUUUUUCGAUCAUCUUAUACCAUCGACAUUCUGGCCUGACGCAUUUCAUGGCAUUCCCCAAUGACUCGAUAUUAAAAACAUAAUAUUUUCCUUUUAUAAUGGAAAGCUUU